GAUUUUCGAAUACACUAUGAUUUAUUUGUAUGCAGCUUGUGGCUGAAAAAUAAAUUAGUCCGCAAUAUAAUUAUUAGUUAUAAUUUUUUAACUCAAGGUGCAAAUUAACUUUUGCAAGUUGGAAACACAUUAAAAAAAAGAUAUUUAUACCUGAUAAGUGUAACCAGAAUUUAUGCCAACAAUAAGAAUAACAAUGAUAUAAUAUUUAUUGUGCAUGCUAUUAAAUUCUAAAAUUGUCUCAAGUCUACUACGUAAUACAUAUUACUUGUAUCAAGAAUUGUGUCAGAAAAUUUUAUAAUCAUGGCUGCGACAAGAGAAAGACGUACAAAUGCUGGCAAUAAAAUGGCAAGAUUAUUAAAUGAGGAGGAGGAAGACGAUUUCUACAAAACUACGUACGGUGGUUUUGAUGAAGUGGAGCAAGAUAAUGAUUACAUGGAAGAAGAUGAAGCAGAAGAUGAGGUAGAUUCAGAUUUUAGUAUUGAUGAGAAUGACGAGCCAGUUUCUGAUACCGAACAAGAGGGGCCAAAAAAGAAACGCAGAUUGGUAACAAAAGCUUAUAAAGAGCCUAAACCUGCUACAUUACAUACUCAAUCUGCACCCAGAGAAAAGAGGAUCAGACAGCCAAAACAAGAUAAAUUUCUAAUAGAUAGCAUAGAAAGAAAAUCAAUUCGGCGUUCUACUGCGGCAAAAUCAGCAGCAACCCAAAAACGCUUGCGUGAAAGAAAUCAAGAUCAAAAACGGAAAAUAAAAGUUACAAGACAUAAUAUAUGGAAACCAACACAGGAAGAAUUAUUAGAAGAAGCUUUACAAACAGAAGAAAUUAACACGAAAUCAUUAGAAAAGUACCAGAAAUUAGAAAAUGAAAAAACUACUAGGUCUGUGAGAAAGACACAUAUAGGGGCAAUGAUUAGGUAUCAGUCAUUAUCUAUGCCAGUUAUGGUGUUAUCUGAGACAUGUGAGGACGAAAAAAUCAAUGUUGAAUGUGAUGAUGAGAAAAAUGAAAAUACAGUAUCCAAUAACACAGGUUCUGACGGUUCCCAAAAAGAAGGAAGUGGAACAGAAUCGAAAGCAGAUGGAAAAGAUAAGGAGAAAUCUGUAGAUGUAAUUCCACCUGUUUCUACUAAAGAGAAAAAUAUUCAUGCCGAAGAAACUGGAACAUUUUAUGAACGCACGUUUAUUACUUUUGAAAGCGAACCAUCAUACUUGGAUGUGUUUAAGAAAUCCACACAACAAAGACCUCCAUUGAAAUCUCUUUGUGCAAUCACACGAUUGCCUGCCAAAUAUCUGGAUCCUAUGACACAGUUACCAUACAAAAAUAUACAGACUUUUCGACUGCUUCGAGAAGCAUAUUAUCAACAAUUAGAAGCUCGAAAUGAUCCUAAUGAUACCUCUCAAAGUCCAGAAUUAUUGCGAUGGCUUGAAUGGCGACAGAAGAAUCAUGCUAAUUCACAGAAAAAUACUAUUCGCCUAGAACCAGCAUCUUUAACCACACCUCCAUAGUCUUUCUUGCUUAAGUAAGUAAUAGUUUGAAAUAAUAGCCUGCUUUUUGUUAUAUUCCUAAUAUUUUAAAGAUUUACUAUAAAUAUUUAUAAACAAAUUAAUAUUUAUGGAUAUAUUCCACACAUCUUUCUACAUCUUUUGUUAAUAAAUAUUUUAAUAAAUAUUUUGAAUAUUCCACAUUAAUGGCU